UUUCCACUUUAUAUUGUUGUAUUGAUAGACGAACACGAGGUACCAGUCACAUUCCCCAAACCAAAAUGGCGACCACCAGUGACACGGCGGAUGAGCAGAAAACUGCCGAGAUUUCCUCGGCAAAUGACGAGUUAUUUCCGGGUGUUAAAGAUGUGGCAACUUUCUCACAGCAAACUCUGGGACGGCUGAUGCAAGCAACGAAGGCAGCACAUGGCCUGCCAGCGUAUGGCGAUGACUACGAUUUCUACUCUAGCUAUGACAGCUUCAGAGAGUACUGCCACAGCCAGUCGGAGAGACUUCUUCAAAACAUCAAUGGCAUGCUGCAUCUCGAAGGAAGCAAGGCGUGUCUGACGGGAGGAAGCUCUGCCCCCGAGCUUGAAGACAAAACGGAUGCGAUCAUCGAAACGAAUGAUGUCAUUCUGGAGAAAGUGGGUCUGUUGCUGGAUGAAGCCACUGGUCUGAUCAAGCCAGGCAAGGCAGUGCUUCCCCCUGGCUCCCAGCCUAAAGCUCCUCAGAAGCUCAUGGUGGCCAGCUGGAACCGACAGAGCUCCACAGACUCGGGAAAGGGCCGAGCAUUCCACCUCAUGCACGCCAAGAACAUCUCCCGGCCACAGCUGAAGUUCAAGGAAAAGAUCGACAACAGCAACACGCCAUUUGUCCCGAUCAUUACGAGCAAACCCAACGCCUUGAAACCUCUCCAUAAAGCACUCUCUUCACCAAGGAAGAGCAAGCAAGGAGGCAGGGAUGUCCCUGACGCAGUCUCGUCUUUCAUCCAUCAACAGCGAGUCGGAGCUGAGGAAAGCAGUGACAUCACUGCCCAUCCUUACCAAUACGAGCUGGACCACUUCGUACCGGACCCCACCAUGCUGCUCCCCGUGGUUGCACCCUCAUACAAACCCCUGGACACAACCCCUCUGACACUGGUGGACACGGCGGAGCAGCUGCAGGAACUCGGCCAGGCGCUGGACACCCUGAAGGAGUUUGCCGUCGAUUUGGAGCAUCACUCGUACCGAUCCUUCCAGGGUUUCACCUGCCUCAUGCAGAUCUCGACAGGUUGUCAUGACUACAUCAUUGAUACUCUAGCCCUGAGGAGCGAGUUGCGCAGCCUCAACAACUCCUUCACCAACCCAGCUAUUGUCAAGGUUUUCCACGGCGCCGACAUGGACAUUGAGUGGCUGCAGCGAGACUUGGGUCUGUACGUCGUCAACAUGUUUGACACUCACCAGGCCUCACGCAUCCUGGGCCACGCCCGUCACUCACUGGCGCACCUGCUACAACUCUACUGCGGAGUGGAACCCGACAAGGCCUACCAGCUUGCUGAUUGGAGGAUAAGACCUCUGCCCCAGGAGAUGAUCAACUACAGCCGUUCCGACACCCAUUACCUGUUGUACGUGUAUCACUGUAUGAAGAACGAGUUGAUCGAGAGGGGCAACGAGGCUAACAACCUGCUGCAGCAGACGCUGCAGCAGAGCAGGCAGGUCUGCCUCCGGCGCUACAAAAAGCAAAUUUUCACGGAUGAUGCCCACCUAGCUCUGCGAAGACGCAACAAGAAGCCCAUGAACCCAAAACAGUACGAAGCCCUGAAGCUCUUGUAUGCCUGGAGAGACCAGUUAGCCAGGCAAGAAGAUGAAAGCACAGGCUACAUCCUCCCAAAUCACAUGAUGUUCCAAAUUGCCGAGAAUCUCCCAAGAGAGGCCCAUGGCGUCUUAGCCUGCUGUAAUCCCAUCCCUCCAUUAGUGAGACAGCAACUCAACGAGGUCCAUCAACUGAUUCUGAGAGCCAGGAUGUACCAAGGCCGAACCAAGAAGCCAAGCCCAAGUCCAAGUCCCAAGACGUUUGCCUCACCAUCCUCGUCACCGAUGGAGACCCCUACCCCUGGCAAACUCACCCCUAAAACACCCAGUAGCCUCCUGUACUGUCCCCACGACCCUACACCCCAGCACGUUACUCCAGACCAAAGCCAUGAUCCUUCCGUUCCCGUUGCUCAUUACUCUGCACUCUUUGGUGAUGAAGAGCGCCCUCGCAUCGUACGUACCGCCCGGUCCAUAAUCACAGCCUUUGACAGCAGCUCAGACGAAGAGACCGACAAAACGCAACCGACGCCAGGACAGCAGAAAGUGGCCCGCCUCAAAGCGUUGUUCGUCAACCCUUUUGAAAUGUAUCUUCCUCCGAAGCAUCUAGUCCAGAUUGCCCCAGCCCUGCUUGAAGCUGACAAAAUCAACUUGACACCUGCUGGAAGUAAGAAGAGCACUGCAUCGAGUAGUUCAUCAACCGAGGUUCCAUUGGAGACAACUCAAAGCAUGUGGAAACUUAAGAAACGUCCCAGGCCCCCACCAAAGCCGGCCCAGUCUGACAUCACCACUCCCGGUAACGCGAACAAUAAUAGAGAGACUGAGGGUGACACAAGGGGUGACACAACGGAGGAGACAGCAGCGACAGAGGAUGAAACAACUCUGAGACAACAGAAACGCAAGGCAGCCUCGUCAUUAGAUGAAGCCGCUCCGAUGACAUAUCGACCGCCGGCCAAACGAGAAAAGAAGUCAGACGACCGCAGACCAAACCCCCACACAAACAGGGCAACGGACCCAGGGGCGUUCACACCAUUUGACUACAGCAUGGUCAAUACGGCCGCAACAAGUGAUAGAGGUAGAGGAAGGGGGCGGGGCAACCAAGGAAGAGGGUGGGGCAACCAAGGUAGAGGGAGGGGCGACCGAGGAAGGGGAGUGGCCAAGCACUUUGAUCCCUUCUCGCACACAUCUACGCGCGGACGUCCUGAAUUUAAGAACAAGGGUCGACCCAAGAUGCCUCGCGGUUCUGGCCAGCACAGCGUGACAUACACAAAGCAUGAUGGCGGAAGGGGAGCAAGAGGCAGACAUCACUGGCCUAAGAGAUAGUGUCCAUGAAUCAGUGCAGGUAACGCAUAUUAAAACCCCCAAAAAUGUGAAAUGUUCACCGUCCGCCUUUUCUCUGAACGUACUGCACACAAAUUCGCGUGUUGCACCAAAAACUUAAACUAGAACAAAAUUCACUUUAUGGAAUGGAAUUUUAACACCAAAAGAAUAAUACUUCCAUAGCAAAUGAACACAUUUAUUCUGUGGUCUUUCAUGCUGUCACAAUUUUUUUUUUAAUUGGUUCAAUAUUUUAAUUAUCAUUGCAGUGGACAAAUUUUUAUCCAAGCAUUUUUAUGCACACAACCUGUACUGGGAACACAGUUGUCUGUUUUACUUGCGGGAAUAAUUUUGCGUUGUACAUGUUAGCUUUUCUAGGUCAAACCUUAUCUUGUCGGUUUCCUAUGCACAAGAUAAAAAGUGGUUAAGACAAUAAGUUGAUUUUAUUUUAGUUUUUUUUUUAUCCAGUGCAUCAGAGAAGUACGAUAAUUCCCUCAAAAAUAGACUGAUGGAGGAAACUAUAGACAGAUUGAUAUGACAUAUUACCACUUUGUUAAUGAUAAGGGAACAAAAAUACAAAGGUCUCUAUCAAUAAUUAUUUCGGUUUGUUUUAAUUAAACCUUAUAUGAGUUAAUUUUAUUUUAUUAUUAUUUUUUGGGGGGGGUACUUUUUAUGACAAAUCAGGCUGAUGUACUUGUAAGCAUGUUAGAUGAAUCAAAUGCUAAGUAGUAAUUUUGCUUUUGACAUUAAAACACAAUAUCAUGAAAUCUUAAACGCA